CUCGGGGUCCUCGCACCAAGACUUUCUUUUGUGCCAGGUUCGUUCAAAGAUCUUCCAACCGGAUAUCCCCACUUGGAGAGAACCAUUGCUAAUCGUUGGCUGCAGGAACAAACAGAUCGCUCGCAACCAUGGCGUCCCAGACUUCUACCUACAAGCUCAACCGUUCGUGAUUAUCCUUUCCCCCAUUAUGAUUCGCCCAUCGAUCGGGUUCCUGCAAGAUCUGGAGCUGACAAUGGCUGUGUUUGGAUACAGACUCGAUGAUCCGGGUCAAAGACCCAAAGAGAUCAGGUAGGCGAUCCACUGUCAGACCUUAAUGUAUGUACCUUGUUGGUACAUGUCUAACGUCAUGUGUUACAGUGGAGUUCUAUAAGUUCCUGGGUCUUAACCAGAUCCAACAGCUCGACUUCCCCGAAAACCAAUUCUCCCUCUACUUCCUUGCCUACAACGGCCCAGCCUCCCUCCAAGGUGACCGUCACUGGACAGACCGCAACGCUGUUUUGGAGCUCACCCACAACCACGGCACUGAGAAAGACCCUAACUACGCCGUGAGCAACGGUAACACAGAACCCCACCGCGGAUUCGGACAUCUCGCCAUCUCGGUCGACAACAUCGAAGUCGCCUGCAAGAGACUCGAAGAUGCCGGUUAUGAGUUCCAAAAGAAGCUCACAGAUGGUCGGAUGAAGAGCAUCGCGUUCGUCAAGGAUCCCGAUGGAUACUGGGUAGAGAUCAUCCGUCGCCAUGAUGAGGACGUGGGAACCACCACGGACCCUGGUUCUUACAGACUCAACCACACCAUGCUCCGAGUCAAGUCGGCAGAGGACAGCUUGAAAUUCUACCAAGAGACCAUGGGCAUGACUCUCCUGCGCACCUCUGAGCACAAGGAAGCUGGCUUCAAUCUUUAUUUCUUGGGAUACCCCAACUCCAACCCUAGCGUGCGCGAGGGUGCCCAUAACCCAGUGUCUGAGUGGGAGGGACUGCUCGAGUUGACCUGGAACUAUGGCACUGAGAAGCAGGAGGGCCCAGUGUACCACAAUGGUAACGCUGAACCUCAAGGAUUCGGUCACAUCUGUAAUAUAGGUGUUUCCGUGGACGAUCUCAACGCCGCCUGCGACCGUUUCGAAUCUUUGAAUGUGAACUGGAAGAAGCGUCUUACCGAUGGUCGCAUGAAGAACGUGGCCUUCGUUCUCGACCCUGAUGGAUACUGGAUUGAGGUGAUCCAGAACGAAACACUCAAGCGCACCAGCAACUGGUGA